AUGUACCGCUCCGACGUCUGCGUCCUCUCCCACAGCGGCAAGUACCUCUUCGCGACGGCCCGCUCCAACAGCUUCGACGUCACGGGCUACAUCGCCGCCUUCAAGCUCGGCGACAACGGCCACAUUGAGCGGCAGAUCUGCCUGAACCCCACGCCCACCAGCGGAGGCCACAGCAACGCCGUCAGCCCCUGCGACUGGAGCGACGAGUGGCUCGCCAUCACCGACGACCAGGAGGGCUGGAUCGAGAUUUACCGCUGGCACGACGAGUUCCUCGGCCGUGUCGCGAGGCUGCGUAUCCCCGAACCCGGAUUCGGAAUGAACGCUAUAUGGUAUGAUUGA